AUGGGCGAGGCAUGGGCGGAGACAUGGGCGGAGGAAGCAUGGGCGGAGGAAGCAUGGGCGGAGGAAGCAUGGGCGGAGGAGGCAUGGGCGGAGGAGGCAUGGGCGGAGGAAGUAUGGGCGGAGGAGGCAUGGGCGGCGGAGGCAUGGGCGGAGGAGGCAUGGGCGGAGGAGGCAUGGGCGGAGGAGGCAUGGGGCGGAGGAGGCAUGGGCGGAGGAGGCAUGGGCGGAGGAGGCAUGGGCGGAGGAGGCAUGGGCGGAGGAAGCAUGGGCGGGGGUGGCAUGGGCGGAGGUGGCAUGGGCGGAGGAGGCAUGGGCGGAGAAACAUGGGCGGAGGAGGCAUGGGCGGAGGUGGCAUGGGGGGAGGCAGCGGGUCAUCAGGUGGGAGUGCGUGUGGCAACAGCAGCAGCAGCAGGAGCGCCAAGCGCACGAGCAGCAAUGGCAAGAGGUUUGCCCACCCGCUCUGCCACACUGCCUGCCUUGCCACUUAGCAUGCACGUUAAUGUCCUCUCAUCUCGUCCCCUCACGCAUUGGUUUCCAUCUCUUCUUCUGCCUCCAUGUCUCCUUUCCAUCACUCUCUACUACUCCCUACCCUCCGCCCCUGCCCUGUUCCACCUGCCCUCGUCCCCGUGCCCUAAUCCCCCUGCCUUGUUCCCUUGGCGCUCUUCUCCUGGCCAUGGCAGGGUGAUGGCAAGCAUGGCGAGUGCAGGCCACGCUGUACUCGCCACUGCAGCAGGCGCUCUCCUUCGCCGUGCCACUCGCCCCCACGCUUGCCUCCUCCACCACUCCUGUCGCCCUCAGCGGCACGUGCAAGAUGGGCCCAUUGGCUUCGCGCUCAACGGCGUGCCCUUCUAUAGUGUGUGUGAUGUCUGGCACUACGAGAAGCGUGGGAGCCCUUGUGGGUGUGCCUGCCUGCCACCUCACGCCCGCAUUGCCCCCCCCCAUGUCUCCCUCUCCCUCUCCCCCCUCGCAGUACGUAUGACGCCCUGGGCCGUGACGCCUUGCAGUACGAGGGCUCCACCUUUGACUCGUGUGGGGGGCACCCCACGCCCUCGGGCCAGUACCACUACCACGUCGCACGGCGUUGCCAAACCCUCCGCCAUCUCCGCAUCUCGCUCCACCAACUUCAAGCUCUGCAAGUGCGUUCCCCAUUCCCCCAUUACCCCUUUCCUCCGGUUUCCCCCCUUCCCACCUUCUCACCUUCACUACCUGCAACCUCUACUCCUUCCAUAG